AUAAGAAUCUGACCUCCUCUCAGUUUCCAAUUUCUUCACUUUCUCGUUCUUUGGACGCUGAAUGUGAUACAUAUAUACAAGAAGAAAGCUUUAAAAGAUCGAUCGAUGGAGGUUAUUGUUCUUGCAUCCAAGAAAAGUCUUCUUCUUUUUCUUCUUAUUGUAAGUCUCUCUUUGAGCCAGAAGGUCAUACAUAUCUCUGCCUUUAACGACACCAAACUAUACAGACAAGUCAGUAGCUUGAGACUUGCGAGGAUCCAAAAGCACUUGAACAAGAUCAACAAGUCUCCUGUCUUCACCAUUCAGAGUCCAGAUGGUGAUGUAAUAGAUUGUGUACCCAAAAGAAAGCAGCCAGCUUUGGAUCAUCCACUCUUAAAGCAUCACAAGAUUCAGAAAGCACCGAAGAAAAUGCCGAAGAUGAAUGAAAAAGAUGAUGAUGCUAAAGAAGCAGAGAAUGUAUUGGAAGGUGCAUGGCAAAUGUGGCACGUGAACGGCACGAGGUGUCCCAAGGGUACCGUUCCCAUACGACGCAACACAAUGAACGAUGUGCUCAGAGCCAAGUCUUUGUUUGACUUUGGCAAAAAGCGACGGAGUAUUAGCCUUGAUCAACGGAUAGAGAAGCCUGAUGCACUUGGUACCAAUGGACAUGAGCAUGCGAUCGCGUAUACGGAAACAUCGUCGGAGAUAUAUGGAGCAAAGGCGACGAUAAACGUUUGGGAUCCAAAGAUAGAAGAAGUGAAUGAGUUUAGUCUCUCUCAGAUUUGGAUUCUCUCUGGAUCUUUCGUCGGUCCUGAUCUCAAUAGUAUAGAAGCUGGCUGGCAGGUCAGUCCGGAGCUGUAUGGUGACAACAGACCAAGAUUGUUCACUUAUUGGACGAGUGAUUCAUAUCAAGCAACAGGAUGUUACAAUCUUCUAUGUUCUGGAUUUAUCCAAACAAAUAACAAGAUUGCCAUUGGAGCAGCCAUUUCUCCUCUUUCUACUUUCAAAGGAAACCAAUUUGAUAUCACAAUACUCAUUUGGAAGGAUCCGAAAAUGGGGAACUGGUGGAUGGGUUUAGGGGACAGCACACUUGUCGGCUAUUGGCCAGCCGAGCUAUUCACACACUUGGCCGACCACGCGACUACCGUGGAAUGGGGCGGUGAGGUUGUGAACACACGAGCUUCAGGCCGGCACACGACAACCCAAAUGGGUUCUGGUCAUUUUCCAGACGAAGGGUUUGGGAAAGCAAGUUACUUCCGGAAUUUGGAGGUUGUGGAUUCGGACAACAGUCUUGUACCGGUGCGUGAUGUCAAGAUAUUAGCCGAGAACACCGAAUGUUACGACAUUAAGAGUUCGCAUAAUAAUGAAUGGGGAACUUAUUUUUACUAUGGUGGGCCGGGGUUUAAUCCUAGGUGUAAUUGAAAUUUAAAGUGUACAUAGUUGGGGGUUGGAGGAAUGGAGAAAAAAAAAGGGGUCGAAUAUGU